AUGUCAAUACACGCUCUUCCACAGACGGCUGUGCGCACCAUACGAUCUGGUCAAGCUUUGACAGAUCCUGUUUCUGUGGUCAAAGAACUUAUUGAUAACGCCCUCGACGCGCGAGCAUCUAAUAUCACUAUCGAGAUUUCGACCAACACACUCGACGUGAUCCAAGUCAAAGACAAUGGCCAUGGAAUUGCCCCCACCGAUAGGCUGCUUGUGGCCAAACCUUAUUGCACCAGCAAACUCAAGGAUGAAAAAGACCUUGCUCUGGUAGGUUCAUCCUAUCUCGGCUUUCGAGGUGAAGCCUUGAGCAGUGCAUUGGAGAUGAGCGGUGAAAUGACCAUCACCACAAGGGUCGAAGGUGAAAGUAUCGCAACUGCCAUCAAGUUGUGCCAGACGGGCGAUCCAGUGCAAGAUCGUGCUACUCAUCCGCCUGGAACCACAAUUCGUAUUGCCAACUUUCUCAAAAACCAGCCAGUCCGCAAGCAAGUUGCGCUCAAGGCCGCACCAAAGGCUUUGACGAAGAUCAAGCAAUUAUUGCAGUCGUAUGCUUUUGCCAGACCAGCUACGAGGCUGUCGUUGAAAGUCAUCAAGGCAAAGAAUGACAGGGACAAUUGGACCUAUGCACCCAAGGUUGGCGGCGGCAUUGAAGACACAGCCUUCAAGGUCGUUGGCCAGCCUUGCGCCUCUCAAUGUGCUUGGGCCGAGCUGGAGCAUGAGGGCUUUACUGUAGAAGUCUUUCUUCCUCGCCCUGACGCACAUGCUUCGAAGAUCAGUGGCUUGGGUCAGUACGUCUCGGUUAAUAAUCGACCUCUCACUUCAUCUCGAGGCAUAUCCAGGCAGCUUGUCAGGAUCUACAAGGAAAGCCUCAAGGAAUCAUCAUUGCUAGGAGAUGCCAAGGACCCUUUCGUGUACCUGUCAAUAUCCUGUCCACCUGGCAGCUACGAUGUCAAUAUUGAGCCAGCAAAAGAUGAUGUUCUAUUUGGCGACGUCGACAAGGUUGUGGAGGCUGUCAGAAAACUGAUGUUGAUAUCCUAU